AUGGGCCUCACUUCUGACCAUGCAACCGAAAGGGGCUUUCUUAGCUACCACCUUGUCAGCAGUGUGGACAGUUGUACAGUCAGCUUUUCUAAAUAUGACAUGGAUCACCCACAAGGCAUGGGAAAGAUUAACCCAAUAGCUAAGAACAAUAAUAAUCGAACAGCCAUGGAGCUCUGUUAUCAAGAAGAUGCUGACCCCCAUCGUUUCCGUAUUUUAAAGAUGUUUGAGCCACUUGCAAUGUCAAAAGACUUUCUGUGGAAUCCUACAGCAAAGUCUUUUUUCUGUAAGUACCACUGGGUGAAGGAUCCUGUACUUAUGGGAACGUCAGACUCCAAGGUGGCUCUAACCAGUACGAAGGUCGAGUCGAAGUCUGCAUUAACGAUACCUGGAACACAGUCUGUGAUAAUGGUUGGGGAUCCACUGAUGCUAGAGUGGUUUGUAAACAGCUUGGAUACUCAUACACAGGCUACAGAUUGUUCUCACUCUGAUGAUGCUGGAGUCAUUUGUCAAGCUCCAUGUGCUAACGGAGAUCUUCGUCUUGUUGGUGGUAAUGUUGACCAGGAAGGAAGAGUAGAAAUAUGUAUUGGAAAGGUUUGGGGCACAGUUUGUGAUGAUUAUUGGAGUAAUGCAGAUGCUAAAGUAGUUUGUGGUAAACUUGGAUAUCUCAAAACAGUUAACUCUACUGUGAACUGUACUUAUGGUGAUGUGAGAUUGAUGGGUGGCUCAACUGAAUACGAAGGUAGAUUAGAAGUCUGUAUCAAUGGAGAGUGGGGCACAGUAUGUGAUUAUAAUUGGGGAUAUUGGGAUGCUACUGUUGUCUGCACACAACUAGGAUAUGCUUAUACUUGGUGUAAGAAUGGUAUACCUCGCUAUAAUUCUUACUAUGGUUCUGGUAGUGGACCAAUCUGGCUUGAUGAUGUAGAAUGUGCUUUAUAUAAUACUAAACUUUUACAAUGUUCUAGUAGUCCAAUUGGAUCUCACCAGUGUAAUCAUUCUGACGAAGCUGGUGUCAAAUGUGAAGUUAACUCUACUGUGAACUGUACUUAUGGUGAUGUGAAAUUGAUGGGUGGCUCAACUGAAUACGAAGGUAGAUUAGAAGUCUGUAUCAAUGGAGAGUGGGGCACAGUAUGUGAUCAUAAUUGGGGAUAUAUGGAUGCUACUGUUGUCUGCACACAACUAGGAUAUGCUUUCACUGGAUAUGCAGUUGCAUUCUCAGAUGCAAAGUUUGGUCAAGGUAUUGGUGGUAUUCAUCUCGAUGAUGUACACUGUAGCGGUUCUGAGACCAGUUUACUAAAUUGCCCUUAUGAUUCUGACACUCGUGACUGUAGUCAUAAGUCAGACGCUGGUGUAAGAUGUCAAGCUCCAUGUGCUAACGGAGAUCUUCGUCUUGUUGGUGGUAAUGUUGACCAGGAAGGAAGAGUAGAAAUAUGUAUUGGAAAGGUUUGGGGCACAGUUUGUGAUGAUUAUUGGAGUAAUGUAGAUGCUAAAGUAGUUUGUGGUAAACUUGGAUAUCUCAAAACAGCUCCAUGUGCUAACGGAGAUCUUCGUCUUGUUGGUGGUAAUGUUGACCAGGAAGGAAGAGUAGAAAUAUGUAUUGGAAAGGUUUGGGGCACAGUUUGUGAUGAUUAUUGGAGUAAUGCAGAUGCUAAAGUAGUUUGUGGUAAACUUGGAUAUCUCAAAACAGCUCCAUGUGCUAACGGAGAUCUUCGUCUUGUUGGUGGUAAUGUUGAUCAGGAAGCUCCAUGUGCUAACGGAGAUCUUCGUCUUGUUGGUGGUAAUGUUGACCAGGAAGGAAGAGUAGAAAUAUGUAUUGGAAAGGUUUGGGGCACAGUUUGUGAUGAUUAUUGGAGUAAUGUAGAUGCUAAAGUAGUUUGUGGUAAACUUGGAUAUCUCAAAACAGCUCCAUGUGCUAACGGAGAUCUUCGUCUUGUUGGUGGUAAUGUUGACCAGGAAGGAAGAGUAGAAAUAUGUAUUGGAAAGGUUUGGGGCACAGUUUGUGAUGAUUAUUGGAGUAAUGCAGAUGCUAAAGUAGUUUGUGGUAAACUUGGAUAUCUCAAAACAGCUCCAUGUGCUAACGGAGAUCUUCGUCUUGUUGGUGGUAAUGUUGAUCAGGAAGGUAGAGUAGAAAUAUGUAUUGGAAAGGUUUGGGGCACAGUUUGUGAUGAUUAUUGGAGUAAUGCAGAUGCUAAAGUAGUUUGUGGUAAACUUGGAUAUCUCAAAACAGCUCCAUGUGCUAACGGAGAUCUUCGUCUUGUUGGUGGUAAUGUUGACCAGGAAGGAAGAGUAGAAAUAUGUAUUGGAAAGGUUUGGGGCACAGUUUGUGAUGAUUAUUGGAGUAAUGCAGAUGCUAAAGUAGUUUGUGGUAAACUUGGAUAUCUCAAAACAGAUGCUGUGGCUUUAUCCAGCUCUCAUUUUGGACCUGGUAUUGGUGAUAUAUACUUUGACAAUGUUGGAUGUAUUGGAACUGAGUCUAGUCUGUUAGAUUGUUCCUACAUUUCAAAUGCAGAUUGUAGUCACAGUGAGGAUGCUGGAGUUAGAUGUCAAUGCUUCAUGGCAGUGCUUGUGUUGUUAUUACCACAAUAA